AUGCGCUUGAAGAAAGGUUCACUACUAGGGUCGUCAUCAUCAAUUGAGAAUAUUGGUCAAACCGUAAUUGAGGGAGAUCGCAACCUUCUUAGUCAUAUAUGCUUAAAGUCUGACCAACAUGGUCACACGCUGGAUAUUGUUCCUAGAAAAGCUGCUGCACUCCGUCGAAACCUCGUGGCAAGAGGUUCGACACAACAGCAAGUUGAGCAUAAACAUGAUAAAGGAAGUCAUAAAUCUCAAGCUCCUCGAUACCAUCGAAAGCUCAAGAUUUUUAAAAUCGAUCAACAUCGACAUGGACAAUGUGCUGCAAAGGAAAAUGCAGAAACAAUUGUAUCGGAACGACAAGAAGGAUCAAACAACGAAGAUGAAUUUUGUUCAGAAAGAACUUCAUACGCUCUGACUAGAUCUGUAACUUGCACCACACACACAAAGUCUCCUACUAUCCCACCUAAGGUAGUGACAAGAUUCUUACGGAAAACUAGUAUGCGUCAACAUUGUGAAAAUCAACAAGAAAACGAUGACCUUGUUUCCUCGUUUCGCCAGAUCGAAAAACUUCAGACAACCGUGCUGCCGCAGACUCGGGCCUCUGGAACAUUCUUAGCCACGAAAGAAAAUGCUCAUCUGGAUGCCCAAGGCGGUCCGAUGGACCCAACACUGACUUUGCCAUUGGCAAAUCGAUCAACGCGACUUGUUCAUCGUGAACUUGUUAUUACGAAAGAUAUUUUGAUGCGGGAACAACUUGUUCGGCAGCUAAAACAAAAGGCAGCAUUAAUUGAUUCGCUUGCGAAUGACUUUGUGCGAGUUCAGGAUAGGCUGAAACACGCUCAAGAAAAAUUAGAAUUGACUUCUGCAGUGUCAUUCUCUUCGGAUCUUAUGGAUACAGCAGCCGAAACAGCAGAUUCUAAGUCUAUAAUCGCCGAGGCUGAAGUUAAUGUUAUCAGACUGAGAAAUCAGGUUGCGACGUUAAUCAAGCGAUUGAACUACCACGUUCAUCAUAUGGAUAUACUUAUAACAGGCUUUCGACAGUCCACUGCUACCGUUAUUGAAGGUAUUUUAAAGUGGCGAAAGUCAAGCCAUCGACGGCGUCACGUUAGCAACAGUCAGAGGUUAGUUCGCUUCUCUUGGCGGAUACGGAAGACGACAAAUUAUCUUCUGCAGAUUGAUGAGGAUGUACGAUCAUUGUUUCCAUCUGUCGCACUAGAGUUGUUGCUAGGCCCGUCGGCAGUUUAUAAUCCUCUUAUGUUGUCAUGUACAAUGCUCAAACAGUUGCAAAGUCCUUACGCUGGUAAAAUAUCUCUGAUAGAAAACAAUUGCAGCUCAUGUGACCCGUUUUCGCCUGAAACGAGUAAUGGUUGUCUUUUAAGUGCUGAAAAUAUUGCAGAUUUACGAAAGACUCUGAUCAGCUCUCCAAUUACGCCAACUUUCGAUCGGGAUCGCUUACAGCAAUGUCUUUCGGCAAUUAAUGACGAAAAGGAUCUGGAAGCACUGGAAAAACAACGAUUAAAGGAAGAACAAGAGCAAGUCCAAAGCGUGUAUGAUCCAUUUACCACCAUUAAAUUCGCUGGAGGCGUCGAGCAGAUUUUAUCUGAUGUGAUAGCAACACAGUUGCCAACAUCGCACUUACUUACUGAACAGCUUCGUACUCGACAGGAAGAUACAAAUCAUGAUAAAGGUAUCCUUUUGACGACCGCCUCACCAGACGAAAAGUUUUUAGUUAACUGUGAGCGCUUGCGACUUUACAUCACAAAACGGUCAACUCACUUUGAGUCUUCAUCACGAUUAGGUCAGAAAAACAAAUUACAAGGAAAUGUUGUGGUGCGUCUAAACAAUGAAAAGCGCAUCAGAAAUUACUAUGCGCGAAAGAUCCAGCUACAGUACCUUGCACAUCGACAACGACAUGCGAUUUUUAAAAAUUUGGCUCAAUUAGUCCGAAAAGUCCAAGCCAGUGUCAUUGAUAUUCAGCGUGUUUUCCGUGGUUACCGUGCAAAAUACGACUUCAAAAGUAUGAAGUCGUUGUGGUGGGAGCACAAGCAUCAAAUAGCAGCUAUUCGCACUAUCACGAACGCAUUUCGACGGCAUCAACGACGUCUUCGUCACGGACAGUCGAUGACAUUAGAGUCGAUUGCUCACGCUCGAUAUGUCAAUAUGAUGACGAUGAAACAAAACGAACUUGAUUAUCAAAGAACUGAACAAUAUCGUCGUGCGGGUGAGGAAAGACGUCGUCAACGACUGUUGCAGUUUCAGAAGGACCAGAUGGAGCAGCGGAAAUUGACAGCUGCUAUUCGGCUGCAGGCGAUGGUGCGUGCCCGUUUAGCUAAAAACCAAGCCCAAGUCUUACGACAGAAGAGAAUCGCUCAAGUGAAUGCUAUAAGUGCUAUAACAAUUCAGGCAAGAAUUCGCAAAUAUUUAAAAACACGGAAGAUACGGCGACAACAGUGUCAGGAAUUAGCACGUAUCAACAAAUCGGCAAUAAGAAUUCAGUCGAUCUACCGAGGGUACAGUUUGCGAUUGAGUCUACUACGCAAGUUUGAUGACAAAAGUUGUCAUACAAAGGCUUUAAAUUCUGAAGGGGGUAGGAAUGAUAGCAUCCACGACAAAUCAAAGUCUCGUGUGGUGGUGGCUGCUGAAAAGAAGGUAAUGCAUAGUAAAUGCUUACCACGAAUAAGGACGUCAUUAUCUCGUCCGUCAAUUGAUAAAAACAAUUUAUCAGGCCGAAAACUGGAACGAAGUCGCGCUUUCAGAGAAUCUAUUUCACUUCCCCCGUUAUAUUGCCGUGACAAAUCAAUAAUGCUAUCACCAACUGAGACUAGUAGACGUCUCUCGAUCGGAAUGACACGCAUUGAACUUAAAUUGAAAGAGGCCGAGAUAAGGGCCAAUUUCGACUCGCCACCGUCCAGACGCAGCUCAUUUAUUGGAAGCACACGCCAUAUUACUUAA